UAGUAAAUGGAGGAUCAGUCUUCGGCUUCAACCUACAAAUAUAGCCUACUUGACAAUCCCUACAUGCAUCGUACAAAUGGUGUGAAGGACCUCUUUUAUUAAGCAGCAUGGAUUGGACUAUUGGGCAGGAGAGAAUUCCCUCAUGUAAUAGUGAACUGCCUAAGGCCUCAAACAAUGCCUCCGGAACCAACCUCACUAUCAGUCUGAAUGAAAUGCUCAGAUCAAAAGCUGAUGUGGAAAGGAAGCGUGUUCCAAUCCGCCCACCCAACCCAAGAGCCCCUCCACCCAGGGAACUGGAGUUCAGUCGAGGCCUUUCGUGUGAGCCCAUGCCCAAACCCAUUAUCCGAAGACGUGCACAAUCUCUGUCCUCCUCCACAGAGAGGAAGAGGCACACUCGUAAUGUUGGGGUGCGCUUUGUAGACUGUCUGGGCCUGGACCUAGAGGACGUUAAGGUUUUCAAAACCGGAGAGGACCCCUUUGUGCCACAACAUGUCUCCUUCAGGCUUUUGAUGGGUGCAGAGCUGGCGGGGGGUGAAAACGUGGAAAUCUCGCUGCCGUAUCUGAAGCCGGUGUUCCCUCAGCAACCCGGUGAUCGACCGGAAUUCUUCAGCCGCCUGCGCCAGCAGAGAGUCUGUCUGGAGAGGGUUUUGUGCUUUGAGCUGGGCAUCAUCGGGAUCACUCAGGUCCUCAACCUCCGCUUUGAGAAAGAGGUGAGCGUGCGCUAUUCUUUCACAGAAUGGAGGUGCAGCUCAGAAACCAAGGCCUCCUGGGUAUCUACCACCUGCAAGUCCUGGGAUGGAACACAGGAGCAGCUCAAUUGUGACACCUUUCGUUUCCACCUGCCUGUUCCUCCUUUCCUGCUACCUGGAGCUGCUUUGGAAUUUGCUGUCCGAUACAAAGUGUCCGGGAAAGAGCACUGGGACAACAACGAGGGGCAAAACUAUAAGUUGGUCUGCCAUAGCUACAAGCUGACUGUGCCCAAGGAGUGUGAGGAUAGCAUGGUGCACUUUAUUUGAGCUCAUUAAUCAAGGAGCAUUUACUGGUUGCUCUCAUAAAGUUCCAAUUAAUAAUUUGGCCAUAAGGUCAAAAACUUAAUUAGAACUGAGAGCCAGCAGUAGUGUUCAGAAAAAUACCCAUUGACUGGGUUGAAACAGAUCUGGUAAGUACAGUUGAAGUCGGAAGUUCACAUACACCUUAGCCAAAUACAUUUAAACUCAGUUUUUCACAA